GAUAUUUUGGUUAGCAAUACAUUUUCUCUCUCUUCUCUCUCGAGAGAAACAAUGUCCAAAGCAGACAUACUGCUAAAAGCAGAAGAAUUGGUGAAAUUCAGCAUGAAAGGAAACGAUGCAUCCCACGACGCCGCACACGCGUUUAGAGUGAGAGACCUCGCUCUCUUUCUUGCCCGUGAAGAGGGUUUCUCCGCUUCUCCCCAUUCCAUGCUUAUCGUGGAAUUAGCUGCACUUCUUCAUGAUAUAGCGGACUAUAAGUAUAUAAGGGAUCCAUCGGAAGAAAAAACUGUUGAGAAGUUUCUUGUAGAUGAAGGAGUAGAUGAAAAUACGAAGACAAGUGUAUUGAGCAUAAUAAAGGGAAUGGGCUUCAAGGAGGAGAUUGGUGGGCUUAGAGAGAGUAGCCAAUGCCCAGAAUUUGGAGUGGUACAAGAUGCUGAUCGACUCGAUGCAAUUGGUGCAAUAGGUAUUGCUCGUUGCUUUACGUUUGGGGGAAGCAGGAACAUUGCGCUCCAUGAUCCCCAAAUAAAGCCUCGAUCUGAUCUGUCCAAGGAAAAGUACAUGAACAAAGAUGAGCAGACAUCAGUGAACCAUUUUCAUGAGAAGCUUCUCAAAUUGAAGAAGCUGAUGAAAACUAAGGCUGGUGAGAGAAGGGCAGAAAGAAGGCACAAGUUCAUGGAGGAGUUUGUGGAAGAGUUUUACCAAGAAUGGGAUGGGAGAGCUUAACCACCAUGCAUGCAUGGGGUAGGUACACUUCCUUUCUCUCCAUAUUUUGCUCUCCAAUUUCAAAAUACACCAAACUCACUACAUGUUAAUGUUAUGCAACAAAAGUUAUUAUGUUGGUUUUAUCAAUACGUGCACGGGACGAGCAGGGUUUUCUCUAGCUAGUGUUUUUUCUUCUGAAUUUUCGCCUUGGGAGAUUUUAAUAAGGCUUGGCCCGUGAGUGAUCGAGUUGUGAUCUCCUAGAUUUCUAUAAGGAUUUUAUUGCUAUUUUUAUUCUCUUUUAUUAUAUGAGACCAUGUUCCUGAA